GCUCUGUAGGAAGGGUGAAUGUUGCUUUCAGGCUGAGUCGUCAUGAGUUUUCUAUUGCCCAAACUAAGCAGGAAAAAGGAAGUGGACGAGGCUAUCAAGACCGUGGCCGAGAAAGUCCUGGUGCUUCGCUUUGGCAGAGAUGAGGAUCUUGUCUGCUUGCAACUGGAUGAUAUUCUCGCAAAAACAGCUCAUGACUUAAGUAAAAUGGCUACAAUUUACUUGGUAGACGUAAACAAGGUGCCAGUAUACACCCAGUACUUUGACAUCAUUUAUAUUCCAUCAACAGUCUUCUUUUUCAAUGGACAGCACAUGAAAGUGGAUUAUGGAUCUCCAGAUCAUACUAAAUUCAUUGGAAGUUUCAAAACAAAACAAGACUUCAUAGAUCUGAUUGAAGUGAUUUACCGUGGAGCAAUGUGUGGAAAACUCAUUGUCCAAAGUCCAAUUGAUCCUAAGAAUAUUCUGAAAUAUGACCUCCUCUACCAGGACAUUUAAAUGACCCUAUGGAGAUGAACAAAUUUUGGGAUGUGAACUUCAGAAGUCUGCUUAGCCCAAACCUUCUUCAAAUGUGUAACAACGUUUGAGAUCAGAGGAAUUCAGACUUAUCCUCAGAAUCAUAUUGGUCACUAUUGGAAGACGGAUAUUCUGUCAUGAGUUAACAGGAACAGCUAUUCUCACUAAAUUAGGUUACAUGAUUUAUUCCUAAUCUAUUAAAGUAAAAGAACCUCUUAUACGGAGGUUCUAAAUAAAUAUGUCAAGGCUACUUCUACAUAGUAA